CGCAUAAGAAAUAUAUACAUUCCGUCAUAAUACCAACUUCCCUGCUAUCGCUCUUGAUACCUGUUUCAUUUCUACCACUGCAAUGCAGCGGGCUCUAUUUACGGAGGAAGAGGUCCGGCUGGCAACGGAGCGGCGCUCGAAAUACCUAGGAACAGCCAAGGUUAGCAUCUAUCAAAUCCAUUUCGAUCCUCCAUUGCCCCGGGAGCUCGACCCCAAAAACGUAGAUCGGCUCUGUGAAAUCUUCCGCAAAAACCAAUGUCGCCGCCUAGAUGUCGACAAUCACGUCCCGGCGAUCGUGUCUCGGCAAGACCUCGCUGACGCGUUGCGGAAGGCAAAUAUUCCGCAGCCAAGUCUGCUGACUAAUGACCCACGACAAUGUCCCCGACUGGGGUUUGGGGUGGGGCAAUUACGGGCCCUCCAUGGCCGUCAUCGUGUGCAAGCCGGAGCUACCGUGCUUCCUCCUACCGAUCGUUGGUGGACGGUUGACCUCUAUGAGGACGAUAUUGGUGAAGAACUAAGGACCUCUCUGGUAGAGGAAUAUGCAAAUCAAAAGAAACCGACCGACGGGGAAAUAUAUCGUAAGAUCCGGCAGUACGAGGGUGAGGAUAACGAAGCUUUCCGGGAGCGGUGGUUUGUCCGGCUGUCAUCCAGCAAUCAAGAUCGCUUGGAUCAGUUAGACAAUAAAAGAAACCGUCGUGUUCGGCGGGCCUUCGAUCGGUUACUGCCAAUUCCCGGGCUCUGGCCACAUGGGAUGAGGAUCAGCGUGCUCCACCGAUUGAUUGCUACAGGUUGCGUUGAAGAGAUCCUAAACUAUCUCAACCAUGUCAGAGACUUCUGGUCCUCCUUAGUUGCUUCGGAUCCUGUUUCGAUGAAGAAGAUUGAUCUGGAUACUGUUGACGCCUUGCAGUUGUUGGCACCAGGGAAAUCCCGGGCCGAUGCCAAAAAGGCAUGUGGGCUGAUCCUUAGUGGCCAGGCAUUUGCAGAAUUUAGCGAAGAAGAACGAAGGAUUAUAUGGAGCCGAAUGAAAGACUUUGACGGGCUGAUUCCGUCCCUGUACACCUUUUUUGAGGACUUCAAGUAUCUGGAAAGUUGUGCGCAAUGCGUGAAGCGCCUUUUUGGGCCAUCAAGUGAAUCUGUUUGGGCAACUAUGAGGUCAAUGUUUGUGCCGCCCUUAGAUGAAGAGGUACAAGAGUGUCUGAUCCAGACUUCCGAGUCCACUUUCCGGCGUCAACGUGCAACCGACGUGGAGCGUCUUGAUAUGGGAUAUUUACAGGUAUGGUUAUAUGCAAUGCGACAUUAUCCCUUGAUGCCCCCGGACGCGAAGAAUGAUGAUGACCUACUGGCCAAGCCAGCGCGUGCCAAAGCUGAUGAGAGAGCGAUCUACGAGAUGGCCGAACUGGCUCGCCGGCUUGGAUUCAAGUCUCCGGAAAUUGAUACAUUAAUAGACAGUUCCCCAGACCAUCAGAUUGCACGGGCGGCUCUGCUGCAAGCCAGAAAACCCAAUAAGUUCCGAUACGACGCCGGGCAGUUCGAUGUCUUGGUCAACCGAAUUGUCGACUGCUUCGCGGUGGCGGUAUCUUACCAGCCUGACAUAGUACAUGAUACUCUUGCAGACAGUAUCAUGAAGCCCCGGGCUCGCUGUGGGAUGCCCCAAACCCGAACCCAUAAGCAAGAUGGCCCUUUGCUUUUCCUUGACCGCUUGCAGGUUGAGGAUGCUGGAAUCUCCGACACCAUCACUAGCUUUUUUGUCCGCCGCUGUGUCUAUAUCGCCUUCUUCGGGAAACCUGCACAACCUGGGCCUGCUGAAAACGACCCGGCUGAAGGGUCUCCCGGAGGCCAUCCCGGGUCACCAUUGUUCGUCGAAGAGGACGCUCUGUCAGGGGAUCAUGAAUCAGCUCCGCAAGCGGCAUCGCCAGAGACGCCCCCUCGACAAGAACGAGAAGAGCCACGGCGGCAGCGGAUCCGACAAAAUAGGGAACAUCGCCCUCUGCGUUAUCUGCAGACGUCGAGGGUUGUGAAAACAGGUCGUGGUGUUCGAACACGACGACGACGAGCGCGGAAAGCCCAGCUGUCACGCCCAAUAGAUGACCAAGAGCCCUUGGAUUCGGAGUGGCAGAACGCGGACCCCUCAGAUCAGGUCAUGUCAGAUCACGAACAUUUAUCCCAGGAACUUUCUGAUGCAGUAUCAGAAGGGGAGUCAAGUAGCAUUGAUUCGCGGAUGGCGUUCACAUUGCAUUCCAUUCAUGAUCCUGAUACUCCGGAAGAAACGGAUACUCAUAGUCGCUGCACGAGACUUUCCGCUGGAACUAUUCGACCUGAGCAGGAUUUGAAAGACAUACCAACACCCGAGGCCCAGUAUCAAAACAAUGACUUUGAAAACCAGGUGGGGAUCGAUCGCCCAUUACUGACACAGUCAACGGAACUGGAAGACGACGAAUAUUCCGAAGUUCACAUCGCUGGCAGACAACAGGUAUUGGACGAGUACCUUGAUCAACUGAUGAGGGCCCAGGAAGAACAGGAGCGACUGGAAGAAGAAAUAGAACGCGAGCGGCUCGAGGAAGAGCUUGGUCUUUCUAACCAGGAGCGUCCAAUUUCGGAAAUGCCAUUUAGAGCUCACGAAAGGCAGGUCUCGUCACCGAGGAUCCCCGCGAACGAGCCACCGAAGGAGACGCAUAAUGAGGGGCCAGGCUCAAUACGGGAACCCAUUGCAGAACCUACUCGAAAGUCAUCGCCUGUUUCUGAUCAUGCAGAUCUACCUGAGCUCAUAGUGGAGAAUCCCGAAAUUGCAGCGCCGGCUAUCCGGGACAACACCAAUAACCCCCGUACUCGAAGUCCUCCAGAAUAUGAUCAGCCCGCUGGGCAGACCCCAGUAUUACCAGAUCUUGUUGAGAUAUCCUUUUGGACCUUUGAGCGAGAGGAGUGGAGGCAGUCCGACCGGCUCCGAGUGAAUCCUUCCGAUCCAUCACCGGUGGAACGAGUUGCGCGGAAGUAUUCAUGGAAGAGCUAUUCGCUGUAUGAUAAAAACCUUCAGAGCCUCAGCCCCGCACAAUGUUAUCGCGCAGCCACUGCUGACGACAGCAAUACCAUAUUCCUGAUCUCUGAGCCUGAGGAGCAGAGGCUCGCAGCGGAAGGCCGACUCAACAAGGACAGGCAGCUUCUAUCCUUGGUCUCUCGAGUCCUGAAUCGAGCGGAAACCGAGCCGAAGUCUCCUAAUAAACGUCACCGUCCUAUGUCGCUCGGAAGAACAUAAGAGCGUUUUUAGGAGUGGUUCAGAAAUAUGUAGCUCUACCUAUGACGUUUGCAUACUUGUGAGCUGCAUUGCUUCGAGAAGAACGUCUUAGAGUAGCUAUAAUUACGAGAAAAUCCUUCUGUGUUGUUGAGCCACAUAUAUCGAUCACUUUAUGAGGUGUUUUUUGAGCAGGAACUCAUGACAUUAUGUUGAUAGGUGAAAGAUCAUAGGCUAUUCU